CAUCCACCGCCAUCCCCAAGCCCAGACCUCAUCCACCGCCAUCCUCGCGCGCAGACCUCAUCCAUCGCCGUCCCCGCAUCCAAUUUCGUCAGUGCAUCGGAAGCAUCUCCAACAAUUUUCGAGAUCCUCAAUCGUCUAGAAUCAUAUAUUUGGAGCAGGUCCUUAGAUAAACGAAAGAGGAUAUUCGAACCCAAGGUUCUACUACUUUUAAUCCUCCUUCUCCUGCACCAGCUGGGCAUUUCUGUUGGAGUUGUGAACUGUUGUAGUUCCAUUGCAAGUGGGAAUUUGCAGCAAAGGCACUUUGAGUUGUUCAGAUAUGGCUCCUGGUAUGCCUCGUGGUAGCAAAAGAAAGCGGGAUGCAGCCAACC